CAUAAAUACACACACACACACACACACACACACACACAUAUAUAGUAGAUUUACACACCGUUGGCGCCUGGUGAAUGAUUGCCUUGUGCUAAGGAACACUCUGCUAGUUCAGGGGAAGAAUGGAGUCUUAGAAAGUGAUUCCCAGUGUACUUUUCCUUGCAAGUGUGUUACAGAGCUGCAAGAUAAGCCUCAUUUUUCAUGGCUUCUUUUUUGUGUUGUUCUGCCUUCUCAGGACACUACUCUUCUUUAAGACAAGAGCCUGAAAAGAGGACUGUGUUGACUAUUGGAAAUUGCAAAGCCAUGUUCCAGGUGACAUUUAGUGAUGUGGCCAUAGACUUCUCUCAUGAAGAGUGGGGAUGGCUAGAUUCUGCUCAGAGGGAUUUAUACAAGGAUGUGAUGGUCCAGAAUUAUGAGAACCUGGUUUCUCUAGCAGGUCUUUCCAUACCUAAGCCGUAUGUGAUCAGUUUAUUGGAGGAUGGAAAAGAACCUUGGAUGGUGGAGAAGAAACUGUCAAAAGAUUGGGAAUCAAGAUGGGAAAACAAGGAAUUAUUAAUGAAGGAGGAUAUUUAUGAUGAAGAUUCACCCCAAAUGGUAAUAAUAGAAAAAAUUACAAAACAAAAUCAUGAAUUUUCAAAUUUUAACAAGGACUGGGAAUUUGUAGAGGCGUUGGAGGGGAAGCAUGAAAAUCAGGUAGAACAUUUCAGACCUGUGACCCUCACCUUUAGAAAAAGUCCCACUGGGGAAAGCAUUCACAAAUUUAGAAGCAUCCUCCAUUUAAAGUCUAUUCUUUCUGAACCACAAAGAAUUUCUGCUGAAGGGAAAUCACAUAAACAUGAUAUAUUUAAGAAGAGCUUACCAAAAAAACCUGUUAUAAAAAAUGACGGUAUCAAUGGUGGAAAGAAACUUUUGAAUUCUAAAGAAAGUGUGGCAGCCUUCAGCCAGAGCAAAUCUCUUACCCUUAACCAUUCUUAUAAUAGAGAGAAAGUCUAUACAUGCAAUGAAUGUGGGAAAGCCUUUGGCAAGCAAUCCAUCCUUAAUCGCCAUUGGAGAAUUCAUACCGGAGAGAAACCAUACGAAUGUCAUGAAUGUGGGAAGACGUUUAGCCAUGGCUCAUCCCUAACUCGACAUCAGAUCAGUCACAGUGGAGAGAAACCUUACAAAUGUAUUGAAUGUGGGAAGGCCUUUAGCCACGUGUCAUCACUUACUAAUCAUCAGAGUACUCACACUGGAGAGAAACCGUAUGAAUGUAUGAACUGUGGAAAGUCGUUCAGUCGUGUUUCACAUCUCAUUGAACAUCUGAGAAUUCAUACUCAAGAAAAACUCUAUGAGUGUCGAAUAUGUGAGAAGGCCUUCAUUCAUAGGUCAUCUCUCAUUCACCAUCAGAAGAUUCACACUGGAGAGAAACCUUAUGAAUGUAGUGAAUGUGGAAAAGCCUUUUGCUGUAGCUCACACCUUACCCGACAUCAGAGAAUUCACACUGUAGAGAAACAGUUCGAAUGCAACAAAUGUCUGAAAGUCUUUAGCAGCUUGUCAUUUCUUAUUCAGCAUCAGAGUAUUCAUAAUGAAGAAAAACCUUUUGAAUGUCAGAAAUGCAGGAAAUCCUUCAACCAGCCAGAAUCACUGAACAUGCAUUUAAGAAAUCACACUAGAUUGAAACCUUAUGAAUGCAGUAUAUGUGGGAAAGCGUUCAGUCAUAGGUCAUCCCUGCUUCAACAUCACAGAAUUCACACUGGAGAGAAGCCCUAUGAAUGUAUUAAAUGUGGGAAGACCUUCAGCUGUAGUUCAAACCUUACUGUACAUCAGAGAAUUCAUACUGGAGAAAAGCCAUAUAAAUGUAAUGAGUGUGGGAAGGCUUUUAGCAAAGGUUCAAAUCUUACUGCCCAUCAGAAAAUCCAUAAUGGAGAGAAACCCAGUAGUGCAAUAAGUGUGGAAAAGCCUUUAGGCCACAUGAAUCUUUCUACGUGUGAAAAACCAUAUAAGCGAGAAACUGUAUGAAUGCGAUAUUUGUCAUAGUACACUUAGCCAUAGAUCCUUCCUGAAAAUUUAUACUGGAGAAAAGUCUUUUGAAUGUAAUGAAUGUGGGAAGGUCUUUAGCAGUAAUACAAGCCUUACUGUCUAUCACAGUUCACACUGUAGAGAGAAUGUUUAUUGCCUUCAUAAAGGCAAUAAAUAUGGGAAAGCCAUUAGCCACUGUUAAUCCCUUAAUUGACAGAAGUAAGUACACACAGGAGAAAAACCCUAUAUAUGUAGCAUAUGGGAAAGACAUUAGGCAAUAUGAAUCUCUUAUUGAACACACAGGAGAGAAGCAAUAUGAAUAUAAAAAUUGUGGGAAGUCCUUCAGUGAAAGUGUAUCCCUUAUUCUGUCUCAGUUCACACUGGAGAGAAAGCUUGUAUGAGAAAAGUAGCAAACUGUUCAUUGCGUUAUCUUGCUAGACCUCACAAGAUUAAUGCUAGAACAGCCUGAAAGACGUAGGAGUUAUGUGUAAAUCUUUCUUUACAAUGAUGUUAUUUGUAAGCAGUUCUACAGGAGAGCAAAUGAGUAGAUUAUAAAUGAAUAUGCAUUUCUUAUAGCAAUAGCAAACAAUUUUACUCGAGUCCUGCAUAGAAGUUUCUUUAGCUAAUGGGCAUGUGAAGAUAAUUUAGUCACCCAGUGGAUCCAGGAAAUGUUUUAAAGUUAAAAAUUAAAGCUGCAAAAGAAGUAAAAGGUGGUGUGAAUAAAGUUUUUGGUCUCUAAUAAAAUCAGUUUGUAUAUAAUGAA